GUUUACAGGGUUCAUUGGGUUCGCAUGAAAGCAUUACGCAACCGAUGGGUGGAAGAACUCUUACUCGUCGAACAUGAAAUGGGUUGGACCUUGGAGUUUUUCCUCUUCAAAGCAAGCAUGUGGUUGAGAAGGCUCAUGUCGACCGGCGGGGCAAUACCAGAGGGACACAAGUGUUAUGCAAUUUGGCAGGCCCAUAUGUACCAAGAACUUGCCAAACAUGCACACGCAAACUUUAUA